AUGUCUGAACUUCGCCGAAAGCUCGUCAUCGUCGGAGACGGUGCCUGUGGUAAGACCUGUCUCCUCAUCGUCUUUUCCAAGGGCACCUUCCCCGAGGUGUACGUCCCCACCGUCUUCGAGAACUACGUCGCCGACGUAGAGGUCGACGGCCGCCACGUCGAGCUCGCACUCUGGGAUACCGCCGGCCAGGAGGACUACGACCGUCUGCGUCCGCUCUCCUACCCGGACUCGCACGUCAUCCUCAUCUGCUUUGCCGUCGACUCGCCCGACUCGCUCGACAACGUGCAGGAAAAGUGGAUCUCCGAAGUGCUCCACUUCUGCCAGAACCUCCCCAUCAUCCUCGUCGGCUGCAAAAAGGACCUCCGACACGACCCCAAGAUCGUCGACGAACUCCGCAAGACCAGCCAGCGCCCCGUCUCGGCCGAAGAGGGCAUGGCCGUCGCACAGAAGAUCGGCGCCGUACGCUACCUCGAGUGCUCCGCCAAGACCGGAGAGGGCGUCCGCGAAGUCUUUGAACACGCAACCCGCGCAGCGCUCGUCCAAAGAAGCCGCGGCUCCAAGAGGAAAGGCUGCACCGUCCUCUAG